UAAAAGUAAAAGAUCAGCUUUGCUGAAACAAGACCUCCACUCCAUCCAAUCCCCAUCACAUUUCUCUCUCUCUACUCUAUCACACAUAGAUCUCAAAUACACCUCGCCUUGCCUUGCUGGGGAAACACACACAUCUACUCAUAAAUGACAUAGAAACACUCUCAAAGGCACAUAUUUCCAUUUCUCUCUCUAUCUCGCCGGAGUUACAGUAUUUCAUCUCGCACCUGAGUUAUCAAUACUUCGUCGAUGCUCUCGCCAGAGUUUUCUAUACUUCGCCGGAUAUUGUGUAUAAAUUCAGUCCUCCUGAGCUUGACGUCAAUCUGUGCCCUAUUACGAGGAGCAUCAGUGGAAGUAUUAAGGAAGAUUGGCGCCUGGAAGAAUCCGUCUAAACAACAUCCUGUUUUCUAUACUCCAGUUGUCAAAAGCGCUCACCUGAUGCGCCUAGGCGCAAUGCGACGGCGAGGCCCACCUAGGCCGCCUGAAACCCUAGGCCCAGUCGAUCAUGAAAGAAAGCGGUCAACGAAGGUCAACCAGAAUCCGGCCAAAUUAUUGCUAGAUCUGAUUUUUCCGGUCGUCAUUAAGCAAGUCUGGGAAGAAAAAAGUUUGAAGAAGAUAAAUAGAAUAAAGGAGAGAGAGAAAACACAGAGGAGACAAAAGAACAGAUAAAGAGAAAGUGUAGAUGUAGAUACAAGUUAAAGAGGAGUAGAGGACAAAAAAAAAAUGCAUCUUUAUUCCUUUUUUUUGUUAUUCGUAUUUUUAUUUCACAAUAUUAAUAAA